AUGGCAGCUACAAAAUUGAUAACAUUGAUGAAAAAAUGUUCAACAGUGAAGCAGGCAAAGCAAAUCCAUUCCCACAUAUUGAUAAAUGGUUUUACCUUUCUUCAACCCCUUUUAAUGCAUCACAUUCUUCUUUGGGAUGUCACUAACCACAGAACUAUGGCAAACUAUGCCUUCUUAAUGCUUCACCAUUUGCACAUUCCAGAUUCCUUCUCGUGGGGUUGUGUGAUUCGAUUCUUCUCUCAAAAGGGUCUAUUCACUGAAGCUGUUUUUCUCUAUGUUCAAAUGCACAGGAUGAGCUUGUGUCCUAGUUCACCUGCUGUAUCCUCUGCACUCAAGUCACGUGCUAGGAUUCAGGACAUGUUGGUUGGCGUAUCAAUUCAUGGGCAAGUCCGUGUGUUUGGAUUUAACACUUGUGUGUAUGUACAAACUGCCCUUCUUGAUUUGUACUCGAAAAUCGGUGACAUGGGGACUGCUCGAAAGCUGUUCAAUGAAAUGGCUAAGAAAAGUGUGGUUUCAUGGAAUUCUUUAUUGUCUGGAUAUGUAAAAGCCGGUAACUUGGAUAAGGCUCAAGAUUUGUUCGAUGAGAUUCCCAGGAAGGAUGUCAUAUCUUGGAACUCUACGAUAUCUGGAUAAGCCAAAGCAGGAAACAUGGAUCAGGCGUGUACUUUGUUUCGACGAAUGCCUGAGAGGAACCUGACCUCCUGGAAUGCAAUGAUCGCUGGUUUCAUAGAUUGUGGAAGCUUAGUGUCAGCAAGGGAAUUUUUUUAUGCAAUGCCGAGGAGAAACUGUGUCUCUUGGAUAACAAUGAUUGCUGGCUAUUCAAAGGGAGGGGAUGUUGACUCUGCUCGUAUGCUCUUUGACCAGAUGGAUCGCAAAGAUUUGCUCUCAUAUAAUGCUAUGAUAGCCUGUUAUGCUCAAAAUAGCAAACCCAAGGAAGCCCUUCAUCUAUUUAAUGAUAUGCUUUAACAUGAUACAUAUGUACAUCCAGAUAAGAUGACUUUGGCUAGUGUUAUAUCAGCAUGUUCACAAUUGGGGGAUCUGGAACAUUGGUGCUGGAUUGAGUCGCAUAUCAAUGACUUUGGAAUUGUAUUGGAUGAUCAUUUGGCUACUGCUUUAAUUGACUUGUAUGCAAAGUGUGGAAGCAUUGACAAGGCAUAUGAGCUAUUAUUCCCUAGCAUGAGAAAGAGGGAUUCGGUUGCAUAUUCUGCAAUGAUAUAUGGAUGUGGAAUAAAUGGAAAGGCAUCUGAUGCAAUCAAGUUAUUUGAACAGAUGCUUGCAGAAUGUAUUGGUCCUAAUUUAGUCACCUACACUGGACUCCUAACUGCUUAUAAUCAUGCUGGAUUGCUUGAAAAAGGUUACCAGUGCUUUAACUCCAUGAAGGACUACGAGCUUGUGCCUUCAAUUGAUCAUUAUGGCAUCAUGGUUGAUCUCUUGGGAAGGGCGGGAUAUCUGGAUGAAGCAUACAAGCUUAUAAUAAAUAUGCCAAAGCACCAAAAUGCUGGUGUUUGGGGAGCUCUGCUUCUUGCCUGCAGAUUACACAAUAAUGUGGAGCUUGGGGAAAUAGCUGUCCAGCAUUGCAUUAAGCUGGGGAGUGAUACAACUGGGAAUUGUUCUCUUCUUUCUGGCAUAUAUGCUACUGUUGAAAAAUGGGAUGAUGCCAAGAAGUUGAGAAUGGGUAUGGAAGGAAAGGAAAUCACUGGAUGUAGUUGGACAAGUAACUUAGCUACUCCAUGAUUGGGAAAAUAAGGAGCACACAACAU